GCCCUGAGAAGAGUCUCGGCGCUUAGGUCUGUGGAGGAAGAGUGUGUUUAAUAGCGUCUAAUGCGGAAAUUCUGGCAACUUGCGAUUUGGAAGCUACCUGCGGGCCUCAUGUGUCGUUGAAUCAGAUUCGGGUCGGCCCAUCAGCGUCAGCUUUAGACGGAAGCACCUGUCACUUCGCAAUUUUCACUCUUCACGGCAUCUUCCAAAAACAGCUGGCCAGCGAAUCUAAUCAUACAAAAGGUUGUUCCAGCUGUUGCGACCGACCGUCCGUCCCCCCUACGCCAGAUAUUUCAUCAGCACCCUUAUCCGCAUUCGUUCAGACACAUACAUCUCUACCAUGGGUGCACUGGAUAAUACUUUUGGUGCAUUCUUGAUUGGAGUCGUAAUUUCUGCCACGCUUUACGGUGUCACUUGUGUGCAGACGUGGUACUACUAUAGCCGGUACCCAUCGGAUCCGUGGUACAUCAAGCUUCUAGUUGGCGCUGUACUUGUAUCAGACUCGGUACAUCAGGCUCUGAUCACACACACAGUGUAUACUUAUCUUGUAACUGACUUCGGUGUUGCCGCUGACCUCGGGAAACUUGUCUGGAGUCUAAUUGUCGAAGUCUUGUUCAAUGGCUUCACAGCGCUUAUGGUUCAAAGCUUCCUUACCAUGCGUGUGUACAGGCUAAGCAACAAAAGUAUAAUUGCAACCGUGUCUGUACUGUCCCUUGUCAUUGGUGAAUUUGUCCUUGUCGUCAUAUACGUUGCAAAAUCUAUUCACAUGACGACAUUCGUGGAACUCUCCACGCUCAAGCCAUUGUCUAUGUCUGUGAACGCUUUAGCAGCUGCUGGAGACGUCCUCAUCGCCGUAUUCCUCUGCACACUCCUUCAACAAUCUCGCACUGGAUUCAGGAGGUCCGACACCAUGAUCAAUAAGCUGAUUCUGUUCAGUAUCAACACCGGUCUCCUCACCAGCAUUUGCGCGGUCAUGUCCCUCAUUUCUAUUUCAGUGUGGGGUAACACUUUCAUUUAUAUCGCAUUUUAUUUCUGCUUGGGUCGUCUUUACUGCAACUCCCUGCUGGCGACCCUUAACGCACGCAAGAGUCUUCGUGGUGAUUCCCGAGACGAAAAUAUGUCGCUCUCGCUCCAAGGAAUUCAGAAAACUUCUAAUAGCAUUGGUACUUCGCAAAAGGUUAGUUCGAUGAAUUUUUUUUGCAAAGGGCUUGGCUCACCUAUCAUCGAAUCUUAUCAGCGGCUACCGAACAACAUCUCGAUUAAGAUUGAUACCACGCAGGAGUAUGUUCGGGACGAGUACUCAUCUGCAACAGAACUUAAAAGUGCUCAGGCAGUUUAGUCGGUUCGGAUAUGAACGCCACGAGGGCGAUAAGAAGCACAAAAUGUACCACCCCAUACAUUGGUAGAACAUUGGUAUCAUUCUUUUUUGCAUCGUUCUUUGCAUUGAUUGUAAGUACUGUAACAUGUGAUCUGCAACCAAUCUGGUCAUUGGAAGAGCUACUAUUCCUUCGUAUACCAUACCAGCGGUGCAUGAGGUCCUUUUUUACAUUUUACUUGAGCACGAAUUUGGAACUCGCAUUUUAAUACGCAGAUUUGCACUGGAGAAACUGUUACGUAAUGCUAUUUUGUGCCACGAUGUGUUAUUUCUCCAAGAUCUAUCUGAGAUGGUACAUAUGAUGGACGGAUUGCCCUGAAAAGCUAGAAC